CUGCGGCGCUUGCUGGUUGCCGGAGUUUCUCCGACUGGACCCGGGAUUUUUCUCGGCCCCGAUUUACCAUCCGAGCCCCGUCACCGUCCCGCAGCCGCCAUGAGUACUAUGUGCGCCGACACCAUCCUGAUCGUCUUCAUCUCGGUCUGCACCGCACUCCUGGCCGAGGGUAUCACAUGGGUACUGGUGUACAGAACUGACAAAUACAAACGUCUAAAGGCUGAAGUGGAAAAACAGAGCAAGAAAUUAGAAAAGAAGAAAGAAUCUAUUACAGAAUCUGCGGGGAGGCAACAAAAGAAAAAAAUAGAAAGACAAGAAGAAAAACUGAAAAAUAAUAAUCGGGAUCUUUCCAUGGUGCGAAUGAAGUCUAUGUUUGCUAUUGGAUUCUGUUUCACUGCUUUGAUGGGCAUGUUUAAUUCCAUAUUUGAUGGCCGAGUAGUUGCAAAGCUGCCAUUUGUCCCUUUGUCAUACAUCCAAGGACUGUCCCAUCGCAACCUCCUUGGGGAAGAUUACACUGACUGUUCUUUCAUUUUCUUGUACAUUUUAUGUACAAUGUCAAUUCGACAGAAUAUUCAGAAACUACUGGGUCUGGCUCCUUCCCGUGCAGCAACCAAACAGGCUGGAGGAUUCCUGGGACCGCCACCUCAGACAAGCAAAUUCUCAUGAUGGAACUGUAAAAUAGUAUUGAACAUCAAAUAUCAGUCUGCUAAAAGUGGUGGUGUAGUUUAGACUCUUGAUAGCUAAAGAGGCAAUUUGAACUCCUCCUCUUUCUACCAAUGUGAAAUAUCUCUUGAAUGCCAAGGUAUUGAAAGGCUGUUGUGUAAAGUUUAGAUGUUAUAUGAUGGUUUUGGAAACAUCAAAAGGCACAUACAUUGAUUUGCUGUCUAAAAGCUGUUCACAUUGUUAAACAGACGAUGCUGAAGCAAAGAAAAAGCAAAAGUUCCAAAGCAUAAGGGUUAUUCCUAAUUUUCACAGUGGAUUUAGUAAAAUGUACACCUUCAACAAAACCAUGUUUUAUCUGAUAUAUUUUUUGAUGUGUGGACCUAUGAAAUGGAAGAUUAAUUUGUGUCAGGAAUGAAUAAAAGUAAUAACUUUAA